CACACUUUUAACGGAAACUUCAAUGCUCAGUUGAAAUUCGCGCGCCACUAUGAGAAGUCGAAAAACUUUAACGGUUAUCAGGAGUUAAGAGGUGUAACUUUGAGUGUUAAACCAGUGAGUUCCACAAGUGAAAAAGAGUACAAGAGUAGAAAAAAAAGUGUUGAAGUGGAUCCAAAGAAAAAAAGAAUUAACCAUGGAGAUAAAAAUUUCUGUUAUGUUGAAAUUCUUGUUUAUAUGUCUGUCCUUUCCCUUGGUGCAGAUUUUGACGAUUGUUAGUGCCCGAGAUGCACCCCCAAUUCAUAUACCCGGUCAGGGAAUGGUUAUGGGAACCUAUUUGAAAAUGUAUCGAACACAGAAUAUCAAAGCGUAUCUGGGAAUUCAAUAUGCUUUCGCGCCGCGGUUUGCACCUCCGGUCGUGGAUGGUUUGGAAUGGAAGGGUGUGAAGAAUGCCACCACAUUUCCACCAGAUUGCUGGCAGAAUCCUAAAAGACCCAUAAAACGGCAUAGUGAAAUCUUUCAGAACCUCAUUAAGGCAUCACAUUCGAUGGAGGAGACCAAAGGAUACGAUGAAGAAUGCCUGUUUGUGAAUAUCUUUAUACCAGAUGGUCUUCCACCUAUGCAAGGAUACGCUGUCAUUGCUUGGCUUCAUUCUGGUGAUUUCUCCUAUGGCAGUGCCACCGACCUUGAUCCGUUCCAGAUGGUAUUCAAACAAAAAGUCAUAGUAGUCACAAUAGCAUAUCGAUUAAAUAUUUUUGGAUUUCUUACCACGCAAGAUGGCGAGGCACCUGGAAAUUUUGGCCUAAUGGAUCAAGCUGCCGCCCUCUAUUGGAUACGUCAAAAUAUAAAACUAUUUGGCGGGAAUGAAAAUGAAAUAACCUUAAUGGGUCAUGCGGCUGGUUCAAUUAGUGUGGGCUUGCAUUUGACUUCGGGAGAAUGGUCUCAGGGAGUAUUCAAUAAAGCUAUAAUGAUGUCUGGUAGUCCUUUGGCUGAUUCAGAAAUUCGAUUACCAAUUGAUUAUAGUGUAGCAUUGGAUUCGAUAGCAAAUACUUUUGGUUGUUUUCGAAGACCAACUUCGAAAUUGAUGGAAUGUUUGAGGAGAAUUGAUGCAAAGAUUUUAUCGGAAAAUUUACCCUUUAUUGAAUGGGGACCUAUUGUUGAUGAAGGUUUGAGUAAUACUUCGGUACCAUUUAUUCCAGAUUUUCCAAAGAAUCUUAUCGAAAAGGGUAUGGUUCGGAAGGUGCCACUGCUAACGGGGUACACAGACAUGGAGGAAGUUUUGGAUUUGGUAGUUGGCGAAAUGAUGGACACUUCCAUAACCAACGAAGUCUAUGAAACAAUGCUGAAUGAUAUCAUUUUGACAGAUCUGAGCCAGUUCGAUGACAACGACACCUGGUGUGGAAAUGUUCAAAUUGUGUUGGAUGCCGUUAAAUACGUUUAUAAGCCUUAUCCACCAAUGAAAAAUGGCGCCAAGUUGAGAAAGCUUUUUGUGAAUUUCCAUACCGAUAGGAAAUAUAUCGCUCCAACAAUGUUACUGGCCAAUAUGCUUAGCGACAACAAUCAAACUUACGUGUACAGAUUCGAUUUGAAACCUAGAACUGAAAUGGCCAAUAAGGAUAUCUCAGAUUGGGUUGGAGUACCUCAGAAUUUCGAUCUAAUCUUUGUUUGGGGUAUUCCGUAUUGGACAAAUCCAGAUAUGAUCAAUCAGUGGGACAGUACGGAUAAGAGAAUAUCAGAUAUUGUUAUGACUUUGUGGGCAAAUUUUGUCAAGAGUUCUAAUCCAACAGCAACUGGAGUAUACAUCAAAUGGGAUUGGUUCACAUCUGAGGAACAAAAGAUCCUCGUAAUCGACAGAGCUUUCAAUAUGACCGAUGACAUGAACUUGCAGGCGAUAAAGUUUUGGAAUGACUAUUAUCCCAGAGUUGUGUAUCAUGCUAUUAAUUGUUGCAACUCAACUGAUACUGGGACCAAUCUUGUCCAACAGUUUACUGGACCGUUUUCAAGUACUCUAGGGCUAUUAAAUUUGUUUGCUUUAUGGUUAAAUGCUUAUCGAUUUAUAGGGACGUAGCUUAUAACAAGAAAGGCAAACUUUAAGUUGUAGGUGUGGCCAUAGUUAAAAUUAUUUGUUUAAAAUUCUUAUAAUAAUAAAGAAUUUAAUAAAAAAAAUUAGUUAAAAUGUAUUGUAAAAAUGAAAACUAAUAUUACAAAAACAAAAACAAGUUUCAAAGGUUUCAAUAAAGGAAAGGAAGUUAAUAAAUGGACUUACUUGUAAAUAUAUAUGUAUGUAUUCAAACUACUACUUUAAAUUACUUCCUUUCCAAUUAACAAUAUAAUAUUAGCAUAUAAGCCAUUAAAAUAUAUAUGUAUAAUGCCUUAAGAUUGAUCUAUAUACGCAAGAACCAAUAAAUUGCUCGCAACACAAAAUACAGAGGAGAAACAAAAUAA